AUGGCAGGAGUAGAAACUGCGGUGCGACAAAUUGAACUAAAAUGGCCAAAAGUACCUGAUCAGCUAAUUAAAGGUGAUAAAUUUCUGAAAUGGGAAGAGGGUUCAUCAAGUUUUAUUGAAAUCCUCCUUAGAGUUGAUCCCAAAGGAUAUUUCUUGUAUUGGAAAAUUGAAGGGAAGGAAGAUACUGAACUGUUAGAUUUGGCUUAUCUCCGAGAUAUACGAUCUGGAAAAUAUUCAAAACCUCCAAAGGAUAAGAAAGUAAAAGAAGCAGGCACUAAUUUUGGUUCAUCAAAUAUACCCCUUCAAGACAAAUGUGUUACAAUUUGUCAUGGCUAUGACUAUAUAGAAUUGGAAUGGAUACACCUUAUUGCUGAAAAUUCUUCUGUGGCUAAAAGAUGGUCAGAAGAAGUGUUCAGUUAUGCCUACAACUUGUUGUCCCUCAACAAAAACCAAUUGGGAGAAUGGGAAAAACUCUAUUUCCGAAUGACCACGGUUGAAAUAGAAAGAAAUAAAAUUCCUGUAAAAGCUAUCCAAAAAUGUCUUUCCAAAGACAAAGAUGACAGAACAAGAAUUUCCAAAGCACUUGAAAAAAUUGGUUGGCCUUCUGGAAAGAAUGAUUCAAUUGACCUGAAGGCUUUUGAUUUUGAUACCUUUUUCAAGUUUUACCUGGCUCUUCUUGAUAGAUCUGAAAUUGAGGGCAUCUUUAAAGAGUUGUCUAAAAAUAAAGGGAAUAUCACGACUGUUAUGUUUCGAGAUUUCUUAAAUGAUAUGCAGAGACAUCCAAGUUUACAUAAGACUCUUUUCCCUCUCUACACGGAUGCCCAGUGUGAAGCCCUAAUCAAUGAUUAUGAAAGUGCUGUCAACAAGAAGGGAAAAAGACAACUUACCAAAGAAGGCUUGCUCUACUUCCUUAUGUGUGAAGAAAAUAACCUUACCCCCAUGCAUCGACUGGAUUUGGGUGCCAACAUGAAACUAACUUUGGCAGCUUACUAUAUUAAUUCUUCUCACAACACUUACUUGACUGGUCACCAGUUGACUGGAAAAUCCUCUGUUGAGAUUUACCGCCAGGUCUUACUGACUGGUUGUCGUUGUUUGGAACUGGAUUGCUGGGAUGGAAAAGAUGGUGAACCAAUCAUUACUCACGGUUUUACAAUGUGUACUGAAGUUUUGUUCAAGGAUGUAGUCUAUGCUAUUGCAGAGUGUGCUUUUAAAGUUUCUGAAUACCCAGUAAUCUUGUCUUUUGAAAACCAUUGUUCAGUUGCUCAACAAAAGUUACUUGCACAAUAUUGUUGUGAGGCUUUUGGAGAAAUGCUACUUGACAAACCUAUUGAUGGCCACCCGCUGAAGCCAGGUAUUCCUUUACCAACUCCCUAUGACCUGAGAAAGAAAAUUCUCAUCAAGAACAAGAAAAUUCACAAAGGUACUGGCGAUGAUGAAGAACUGGCAGGACUGACAGAUGAAGAGAAGAAGAAAAUUGAAAAGGAAAAGAAAGAUGCGGGAACUGCAGCUAAAGAAGCUGAAGCCGCUGAAGAGAUGUCAGCUCUUGUCAACUACAUCCAACCAGUUCAUUUUACUACUUUUGAACAAGCCCAAAAGAAAGACAGACAUUAUGAAAUGUCCUCAAUGGUGGAAACCCAAGCUUUGAAUAAACUGAAAGACAAUCCUGAGGAUUUUGUAGAUUAUAACAAGAAACAAAUAACCAGAAUUUAUCCCAAGGGUACAAGAGUAGACUCCAGUAACUAUGUACCUCAGAUCUACUGGAACGCUGGUUGCCAAUUGGUUGCCUUAAACUUCCAGUGCUUUGAUAUUGCCAUGUGUGUUAAUCUCGGUGUGUUUGAAUACAAUGGUUGUUCAGGUUAUUUACUCAAACCUGAAUUUAUGAGAAAACUUGAUAAGAGAUUUGAUCCCUUCACAGAAUCCACUGUCGAUGGUGUCGUUGCAGGAACCAUUGAAAUUAAGAUCAUCUCUGCCCAGUUCUUAUCUGAUAAGAAGAUCUCAUCUUAUGUUGAAGUUGAGAUGUAUGGUUUGCCAACAGAUACAGUGAGAAAGAAGUUCAAAACUAAAAUCAUUGAGAACAAUGGCAUGGAUCCUUACUAUGAUGAGAAAGUCUUUGUCUUCAAGAAGGUUGUAUUGCCUGACUUAGCUGUAGUCAGAGUCAUUGUAUCUGAAGAAAAUGGUAAAUUUAUUGGACAUCGUGUCAUGCCACUGGAUGGUAUCAAACCUGGUUACAGGCACAUUCCCCUUCGAAAUGAGAGCAACAGACCUCUGGGUCUGGCGUCCGUGUUUGCACACAUUGUUGCCAAGGAUUAUGUAUCAGAUGCAUUUGCAGACUUUGCUGAUGCUUUGCUCAAUCCAAUUGCCUACCAAUCUGCCCAAGAAGCAAGAGCUGCAGCCUUGUGCGCUUUUGAAGAUAGUGCUGCUAAGCCAGGUAAGAGCCCUAAAGCUGGCAAGAAAGCCUGGGGAGCAGCAGGAAAGAAGGUCAGUCAUGGAAAUAUUGCCAAAUCUGCUCUGAUGGGGGCAACUAAAAAACCUGCAGCUGGAGCACCUGGAAAAGUAGCUACACCUGCAAGUCCACCACCUCCACCAGCAGCAGCUGAUUCUGAAUUUGUUGCUAAUUCAAAGAUGAAGGAUGAAUCAGCUGUCACUCCACCAAAAUUAGAUGUCUUAAAGCAAAGCAAAGCAUACAGCAAGAUUUUAUCAAAAAGAGAUAAAGAAGUUGAUUCAAUCAAGAAGAAGAAUGACAAGGCUCAGGCGAAUAUGAAGACCAAAAUGAAAUCAGAAGAAAAGAAAAUGAAAGAUGGACACCAAAAAGCAGAAAAAAAAGCCGAAAAGAGUGGCAAAGAUGAACAUGACCGAUUGGUGAAAGAAAAUCAAGAAAAGUUUAAUCAAUUGCACAAAGAAAACAUCGACAAGUUUGUGAGUUUGUGCACUGAUCACUUCAAUGCAGAAUCAGAGAUUUGCAAGAAGUACAUUGAUUCUCUGAACGACUGUCUAAAGAAUUUAAUAAGUUCAAACCAAGAGGAACUCAAGAAAAAAUUGCAGACAAUCCAUGACAAAGAAGUGGAAGCUAUGAACAAAGAAAUGAACAAAAAAUCAAAGGAAGAACAGAAGAAUUUGGGCAAAGAAACUAAAGACAAAGAAGAAUUGGCAAGGAAAAAGCGUGAAUUAAGUAAAAAACUUAUUGAUGGAAUUGUGGCUGAAAGAAACAAGUUGAAGGCUCUGAAGGAGAGACAAGAAAAAACUUUAGAGAAGAAAGUUGAGGAAUUAACAAAGGAGUUUGAGAAAGAAAAAGCAAAUGCAGAAAGUAAACUAAAGCGAGAAUUUGAGGCUAAACAGGAUAUCCUGAAUGGUGAAUAUUCAAUGAAGAAAGUGAACAGCAAGGAUCAUGUGACUGCCUUAUAA